GCCCACACAAAAUUGGUAACAACUGUGUGAUUGCACUGCCCAGGAAUUGCACCCACAUUAAAAUCAGCAGACCCAAAGCUCACAUCAUUACCAUGGAGGCUAAGCUGCCAAAGGCAAAAUCGCAGGCACAUGUCCCAGUCUGUGACACAGGAACUGUCAUAUUGGUUGAAUCAUCAUCUCUCAAUCAAAUUACGGAGGAUUCUGCAAGCGCGGUCUCUGCAGAUCAGGCCAAAAAAUCAAAAAACAACACCAUACAAUCACUUACAGCCCCUGGAGCUUGUAAACUCCAGCUACCACAGGCAGAGAGCAGCUGGCAGAGGGAGGGGAAAAUUGCUCUGGGAAAUAAUUUUUCAUCAAUAUGGGAUAAUUUCGGAAAAUGUACACAAUUCAAGCGAGCGCUGCCCAGACUAAUCUCUCUGAAUCGCUGUCUGUCCAUUAUUGAACAUCUUACAGCUAACCUUCUAUGGAAAGAUGAAACCAAAUUGAUCGGUGAACCAGCUCUUUCUAUUCAGGAUACUCUCAGUGCUCUCUUCAGUGAAUACUAUAUUAUGAAAAACAUCAGCAACUUGGCACUGUUUGAUUUUCUGGCUGCUGCAGAGAAAUAUGCAUCAACGAACAGGCUGAUCGCUGUAUUUGGCCACGUUUUGUGUGGGAAGUUAGAUGCUGUGGUGUUACGUUACAUUGUUUUGAUGGCCGAGCUGGUGAACUGUGUCUCCUGGCAGCUUGCUAUAGAUUUCCAGAUGUUUCUCUCUGUUGUUUACUCUCUACAGGAGGAUGAAGUGGAGACCAUGAUGAUGGGGUAUCUGGGCUUCAAUGAGAGACACAUUUCAAAAACACUGGUGAUGGAAUAUAUUCUGAAUCUUAUCUUAACAGAUUCUGAGCCAUUGUUUAACAAGUGUGAAGCCAAUCUUCUGCAGCUUUCUGGAACUGAGCCUGGUUAUCUAACGAGUGCAGAAUUUGCACUGGCUAUUGAAAAAAUAGCACCACUCUGCAAUACAAAAGUGAGUCAGGUCUUGGUUGAACAAUCCAUUGCUACCAAGCAAAGUGCUUCCAUUUCACUAUCAAGUGCUGCGCAAAUUACAGCAUACUUGAUUCUGCUACAGCAAGUACAUUUGCAUCAAGAACAUCUCCAGGCUAAAGCAGAACUCUCUUUGGAAUCGACCAGAGAACUUGUGCCAGAAAAUGGACAUCUCAUUACAAUGUCCAAGUUAAAACUCCUGGCCAAUAACAUUGCCAGGAUGAAGAAGAUAAAAUUGGCAACAAUCUGAUAAACUUUAACAGAAGGAGAACUGUGCAUUUGUCAUCAUUAACCGUGCAUCAGUUCACCAUUAACUUCAAGAAGGAAUAUUUUAAAAAUCAACACUUCCAGACUCCACUUGUGAAGCUGAGUGUGUAGUGAAAUUUAUAUAUCCAUUUAACACAUUAACCUUUAUUCCUCGUGAUGUAAACAGAGAUAGUUGUGUUGCACUCAUAUUUAGGUGUCAAAUUUACAUCUACUCUCUGUGCUUAGCAAGGACAGUUAUCUGCAUCAGACAAAUAUAGGUGACCCCCGUGUUACAGGAGGGUUGCGUUCCUACAAAAUGCUCUGAAUCCCAAGUUUUCCAUAACGUGAAGCCGCAUCAUCUGCGCACGUGUCAAGAAAAGUUGAAAAAAUAAUUUGUCUUUAUUUAUUUACUUUUUUUCCAAGUAAAUUUCAUAAGAGUGAAUUUUUAUUCCAUACCCCAGAUUUUUUGGUAAUGAUUGGUGAAUUCUGUAAGGGCGAAUUUCUGUUACUUGAACUGCUGUAACCCCGGGGUCGCCUGUACCGCUCACCAUUUGUUAUUACACAGGCACGGCUUUGAACAAGUUAAGUGUGCUUUUCAUUCUCAAUGUGCAAUCUUGAGAUUUAACCCUGGUGAAGAUUCCAGGAGCUUUAGUGCUAAAAUCUACUGGCAGAGUUGGAGUUUCAGUUGAAGUUUUUUUCAAGCCAAAGAACUCAGGAAUUCCAGUGUACCAACCAAAAGGUACCAACCAAAAUCCAAGUUCCAUUUACAAGAACUCAGUAAUAGCUCAGUUGUACCCAGAGCAGUAAUACCCAUAGUCAUGGAACACCAUAAUUCACAGCAGUAGAGAAUGGUCCCACUUAAAACUGGUAGAUUGUGUUAGGACUGAUAUACUGACAAGAAGCAGUGGAGACAGUGUAACAGGAGUGUAAACUCAAGUUUUCCAUUCCCUGCUGAUACUAGUAAACCUUGUCCUCCCAAUUGUUCCAUCAGAUUAGUGUCUGAUAGGCCAUGAAUGUUACCAUUGGCACUAGUAAACAGCGACACAUGAAUAUGUAACUGAUUAUUCUCUUAAUGUUUUGUGUAAUGGGUAAAUUUUCCAUAUUCAAUGAGACCAUUGUUCUUAAUUAUAUUUUAGUUACAAUUAUUUUAAUUACAUGUAAAAACAAAUGUAAUUUUAGUAACAUGAAAUCCUAUAUAUUUUUCUUCACCAAUCCUUGAUUUUAAGAAGCAUUAGCUGUAUAUAUCUUUCCUAUGAAG